AUGUUGCUCUGCUGCCUUCGGCCCAGAAACCACCGGGACUGCAAAGCUCGGCAAAAAGAGAAUCCGUGCAUCCCCGCGAGACAUUCAAACGCGGUGGGGCCGAAAUCACUGCCAGCCACCGACUUCGCGACACCACCUUCAUGGGAAAACGCCUAUGAAGAGCUUCGCGGGGAGCCUGCAAUGGUGGAGACUCUGAAGCGCCUGGCUUCCGAAGACGAGAGCGAGCUAGCCACGCCCGACCGUGAUCGCGCCCAGCGCAAGCGCCCCCGGCUGACCCAGAGAUCCCCCGCCCAUUUCGACGUCGAGCUCGACCUCGAGCCCGAAACCGCCCUGCGCGCCCUGCCCCUGCACCUCGCCGUCAAGAGCCGCGAGGAUGAUAUCGUCAAGGUCUUGCUGGAGAAGGGCGCCGACGUCGAGCAGGAGGACGCUUUCGGCCGCACCGCCUUGUUCUAUGCCGCCGCCGGCAGCGAUCUUUCGCUGCGCCUGAUCCUCGAGCGUGAUGCCAAUGUCAACCACAAGGACCGCCGCGGCAUGACCCCGUUACUGUAUGCCGUGUACGAGCACCGCUAUCGCGCGGUCUCGAAAUUGUUGGAACGGGGCGCCGAUGUCAAUGCCGUCAAUAUCGUCGGUGAUAAUGCGCUGCGACUGUGUGUGGAUAUUCCCUCGCCGAAAAAUGCGUUCGUGGCGACGAUCGAGUCGUCCUUUGCAGCUAUGCACCUUCUUCUGCAGCAUGGCGCGGAUCUGAACAUCAGCAGUGACGCGUACGACUCGACGCCCGUGCUGAAUAUCGCUGCCUUCUGUGAUUUUGUCGAUGGCGCGCGGCUGCUGCUGGAAAAUGGCGCGAAUAUCGAAGAGGUUGAUCUCAUGGACCGGACGCCGCUGCUCAGUGCGUGCAAUACGUUCAAGACGACGGAUGGGAGCAUGAUCAAGCUGUUGCUGCAGCAGGGGGCCGAGGCCGAGCACAGAGAUUACAAGGGUCGCACGGCAUUGUCGUUGGCCGCGUCGCGCGGCCAGGAUAGCACGGUACAUAUCUUGCUGGACCACGGCGCACAUAUUGAAGCGCGCGAUCUUGUCCUCCGAACACCGCUCAUGCAUGCGGCGCUGGAAGGCUGGGUCUCGGUCACGACCAUCCUCCUUCAACACGGUGCUAAGGUGGACGUGAUGCAGCGCACGGGCCUGACGCCGCUGGGGAUCGCGAUUAAAGCACUUCGCAAAAUCAUACAACAUUCGAAGCGGCAUUCGAACCAACGACACGUGAAGGUUAUUGGGACACUAUUAUUGCAUGGGGCCGAUACGAGUCUGAUUGGAGAGGAUGCGCGGCGGCUACUGAAUGGCAUUACGCGCGGAGAGGACGGGGACUGGAGAUUAUCGGAAAAAGUGGUUGCGGAUUUGAUCAGUGAGGCAGAGGCCUGA